UGCCAGCACCUGUGUUGAAAUCUACUUGAAACAAUGAUCAUCACUGUACGCUUAGCAGUUCCAGGCAGGAAGUCUGAAGCAGUUUUGAUCUUGCAGAAAUUAGUGGGGAAAAGGAGAUGAUGUUAAAGGAAUUCAGAUUGAAUUGAAGGCAUUUUCUGUUUAUUUUCUGCCAAGGAUAUCAAUCAUGAACAAAGGAAAAAAGUCAGGCACCAAACAAAUCUAACAAAAAAAAGGCAUGAUCAGCAGUGAAAUGCCAUAAAGAAACCACCGUGUUGCCUUUUUCUUUUCUGGAUUGUUGGGGCCUGUCUGUGUUUUCCAACACAACUAAGUGAUACUUUCGUGACUUGAUUGUGAAGGCUUAGUAAAAUUCUCAUUUAUAUUUGAGAGGGAAAGAAAUGCCUCCAAAGGCAAAACAAAAAAUCCCAAGAUAAGUCGAUGAGAUGUGAUUGGAGUGUGUUGUUCACUUAACCGACACCUGCACGAACCUCCCUGCACACCAGUGCGACAAGAUCGGGUUGCCAAGGAGGAGCCGCUCCUGUGGAGGCUGAGCAGAGCCUUGCUGGGAGCCCAGGGGAGGCUGUGCUCCCUCCCCGCCGCUACCGGUUGCCGCCGUUGCCUGUGGGAGGUGGGCCCUGCUGCCGGGCCCUGCUGCGGGCUCCCCCCUGUAGGCAGUUCUCAGAGCGGAGCUGAACGGUGCUCAGACAGCGACCUUCCCCCGCACAGACAGGUGGCAGCCGGUGGCUUUGGCUACGCAGGAUAACAGCGGUCAUGACUAACCCCAGCACGAAGGGGUCGUUCCUCUCACAGCCGAUGGUGAAGAGCGUGUUGGUUUAUCGCAAUGGGGAUCCUUUCUUCCCGGGACGCCGCAUUGUCAUCAAUGAGAAGAAAGUGUCAAACUUUGAGGUCUUCCUGAAAGAGGUGACCGGUGGGGUGAAGGCACCCUUUGGAGCUGUGCGUAACAUCUAUACGCCCCGGGCUGGGCACCGUGUCCGGCAGUUGGAGGAGCUGCAGAGUGGAGAGCAGUAUGUGGCUGGUGGCAGGGAAGCCUUCAAGAAACUGAAUUAUCUGGACAUAGGAGAAACAAAGAAAAAGCCUGCUGAAGUCAAUAACGAGCAGUCAACAGUGGAAGAUGUCAAGCCAGUUACUCACAGUAGAAUUGCUGUGUCAGCACGGUUUAGAAAACCACUCCAAGAGCCCUAUACAAUUUUCCUGAUUGCUAAUGGAGACCUUAUUAGCCCUGUAGUACGACUCCUUAUUCCAAGGAAGACCCUGAAUCACUGGGACCACAUUCUUGAAAUGGUUACAGCAAAAGUUUCCCUCAGAAGUGGAGCUGUGCACAGACUUUACACUUUAGAUGGAAAACAUGUUCAGAAUGGAUCAGACUUGGAGAAAGGGCAAUUUUAUGUUGCAGUGGGUAGAGAAAAGUUUAAGAAGCUACCAUAUGGCGAGCUGCUGUUCAGCAAAUCUACAAUGAGGCCACAGGGUUCUAAAGUACUACCUCCGAUUGCAGGGUCUCGAAAAUCUAAAGGCAGUGGAAAUGAUCGGCAGUCUAAAUCUACUGUUGGAUCCAGUGAUCCUGGGGAGAAUAGUUCCUCACCUCAGCCUCCAAAAGAGGUCAAAAAAUACCAUAAUCCAGAGGAUUCUACGUCCAGAAGGCACAGUUCUAACAAAACUGUGAAAGAAAAACAAACAGCUUCCACAGGAUUCCUGCAAGAUAAUGGUGAAGGGAUUUACAGAGCUAGUGAAAAGCAGUCUGAAAUGUGGGGGGCAGCUGAAGUUCAAGAAGAUGAAGACACUCGUGUAGAAGUUCCAUUGGACCAGAGGCCAGCAGAAACUGUAGAUGAAGAGGAAAAUGCAGAAGAGGAAGUUGACAGAGGAGAGGAGGAAGCACAUAAACAGAAUGAAGAACAUCCAGAAGUAAAUGGAGAGGACAGUGGGGAAACUGUUAUGAAAAGUAACAGAGGAGAAGAAGAUGAGAUUAAAUUAAGUGGGAAUUAUGAGUACAAAAUAGAAGAAACAGAGAAUGUUUACCAGGCAGAGGAAGAGGAGCUCACCCAUUUAAAUGGCAAGAUAAAUGAAAAAAAUGGUGGGGGGAUGGAGCAGAUGAACAGCCAUGAUGAUCUUCAGCAUGAAGAGGACGUAGAAGAGGAUUAUGCUGGCAGUCAGAACCAGGUUGAUUCUCAUGAUGAAAAAACAUCCAGAAAUCCAAGAGUGACAAUCACUAGCCCACAGGAAAGUGAAAAAAAAGGACCAGAGCAUUGACUAUGGUGCAGUUGCAUAGAUAUAAAGGAAAUAAAAUCAAUGGGAAAGUAAAUACUAUAAUACUUACAAGCAUGUUAUUUUAUGUGAUUCAUAACUUAAAAUGGAGAGAUAGAUUGAGUACCCACACAUUAAGUCUUGAGAUGACAAUAGCAUAUGGAAUAAUAGGACAUAAACAUUUAGCUCUACUAAAUACCCUUUAAUAAUUUUCACAAGAUGUAACUUUCUGAUGGAUUUUGAGAGAAAAAAUGUAAUGCUACUGUAUAGUAAUAUUAGAAACAUUAGAAAUAAACUCUUUUAUGGUAUAGGAUGGUUAUCAGUAGCAGUCAACUAUACAAAUGACAUCUGUCAAGAACAAGUUAAAUGUCAAAACUUCUUUGUGGGUUUGUUGAGAAAAGAGAAAUAAUUUGUGACAUUUAAGGACACAAUUUAAGUAGUUUUUUUCCCACUGAAAUUCCAUAUUAUGUACUUUAUUUCCAGGCGUAACUUUAAGAUAGAAAUAGAAUGCAUUGCUCACCUAAAGGACAAGAAAUAAGAUGUACUAUGAGUCCUAAUAUUACUGGAUAGUGGCUUUCAGUAUACUAUUUGGUAUCAUUUUUAUUUUUGCAUUCCUAAAUAGCACCUUUUAAUCAUUGUGAAGAUAGCCUACAAUGCUGCAGCUUGUUCACACUCACAACAGUAGGUUUUGUUGGUUGUCCUGCACCAGUUCACUAAGCGGUGAUUGGUUAUUAUAAUGAAAAAAGAAUAAAGCAUAGGUAUGCAGCAGGUCAGGCAUGGAGCAGAGCAGUUUGAUUGCACUUCAGUUCAAGUGAAGUCUAAUUUAUUAACAAAAAGAACCCCAAACUGAAGAGGCCCAGAUUCAGACUGAAAUUAGCAUGAAAUCAUUGUUAUCAAUGGAGACAUUUUACUAUGAAACAUACUAAUAUAAGAUUACUAGUCUACUGUAAAAUUCAGCAGCUGUUGUUGUGUUUAUGGAUCCCUCACAUAGCCUUAAUGCUUGAAAGUGUAUUAUCAUCUUUUUGAGUUAGCAGGUUCCUGAUAGGCUGUGGCUUAAUUUGCAUUAGAAAAUAAGCCAUUGAUCCUCAGUAUUAGCUCUCUUAAUGACAUCAACACCAUUACUCUCACAGUUUCUCUGUUAGAAAUAGCAAUUAUUUGUAGAUCGUGAAAUACAGCAUAUGAGCAUAACUUCAUUAAUUAUACAAAAUAUAUAGUGGGUUUCCUUAUCAUUAUUGCUGGUAAAUUAUGACAAUGAGAAAUUAAAUGUCAUUUUUGUUGAUUUCAUGCUAUUAAGACCAAAAUUACAUCCAGGAACAAAUUGAACUUGAAGCACUGUUUGAAGGAAGUGUAGAAAAAUUAUUGUGACUGAAACUCAAAGAAAUAUCUGCACUUUUCUAGCAACUAUUAAAUAUGCUUUUCCAAUGGGGAAGAAAUACUUAGAGAUCCUUGAGUGUGCUCCUGAGCACAGGCAAUUUGAAUUUAAAAUAACCUUAAAAAACACAGGAACAAGGUUAGAAUGGUUUGCUCUGCUGUAACUGUGAAAUAUCUGAGUUUUACAUGUCCUUUAUUGAACUGUCUGACAAAGUAGAGGAAUGUUACCUAUGUAUUCUGUUCAAAAUAAGAUCCUAAUCUAGCCAAGCUUUUAAGCAAGGGUCUUUUUAUUUGAUGCAUUUUAAGAUGAUUCUUGAAGAUAAGCAGAACUACAACCAACUGACUAACAACAAAAUAAACCCAAAACAGUAUGAAUAAAAUAACUACAAGCCCUAAUGAGGAAAGCGAUACAUUGUAAUCCUUUAGGUACUUUUAUAGGUAAUCUUGCAGUGGAAUUGCAUAUGGAGCAGCAUUAAAAGCCAUCAAACAAUGCAUAACUAGCCAGACCAAGAAGCUCUAUGUCAGCAUACCUUCUUGCAGAGCCCACCAAGGGAAAAUGGCUAGCACUCCAUCCUCACUCAUUUAGAGCUUAAUAGCUCAGUGGUAAGUGUGGUCCUCAGCAUGCUUAAGAAUUAAGACAAAUUACAGUGAUCUUCUAUUGACACUACUAUGAAGAGUUGUUGGCUUGAAGUUAACGGUGUACCCAAACUGUACAUGUUGUAGACUCUACAUGUUGUCAUCUUAUUGUAGGUAAAGUCCUGAGCAGCAUCUAACAUUGAUCUUCAUCCUCAGAAAUUUAAAACUAAAUUGACUAACAAACAAAUCUGAUAAAGAGAAUUAAUGUGGAAAACUUUUUCCUCAAAAUGUUGUACUUAAAAAAAAUACAUAUAUAAAAUUAGAGGAAGCACAGUUUUGUGUAGAGACUGUUUUCUAUUCACAACUUCUGUCUGCUGAUUGUUUCUCUCAUUUCUUCCCUUUUCUGCCAAAGUUCAGUAUCCUCGAUGCUUAAAGACCUACGAAUAUCAUUAAGAGUUAUUUAAAAACUUAAAGUAAAUUAUAGGGAACUGCAAUGUGAUAAUUGUCUUUCAUGGGAACAUGAAAGUCCCAGUGAGAGUUACUCAGCCUUUAAAAUGUUUUCCUCUGUGCUGUUUGUCUUGUAAGAAAGACAGAAUAACAAACUGGACUUUAGGGAGAGAUACAGCCAUUUCAUCAUUCACUCUUAUAGCUCUGAAAACAUCUACUUUGUGUCUGAUUCUCUUGUACAGAGAAAAUUAAUUUAUGCAUAAC